AUGGGAGCGUCCGAAGUAGAGGAGGAUGACGCUGAAGAUAUUCUUGGACAACCAGAAGACGUAAAUAUUUCAUCUUUAUCAAUCCUGACUUCGCAGCUGCAAAAAACUUUAACUAACGCCAGGCCUAGAGACAUUUCGCUGUUACCAGAUGAUGGACCAAUGCAGCCAGGAUUGAAAAAGGAAUUUCACUUUCCUAAGACACACGGUCGACGUUUUACUCUUGAGUGGUUUAAGAAGUUCCCCUGGCUCGAGUAUUCCGUUUGCGAAGAUAAAGUCUACUGUUUUACCUGCCGUCACUUUUCCAUGGUAGCUAAAAAUACUUCACGUCCUUUCGUGACCGAGGGUUUUUGUCAGUGGAAGAAAUGUACUGGUGAAAGUCAACAAAACAACAGACUAUUAAAACAUAAAAACUCCCAACUCCCUGUAGACAGCACGACAGGUAAGGCUUACAUGGAAUCAAAACUUGCAAACCAGACAGUCACAAGUUUACUUAAUGAAGGUCACAACAAACUAGUCGAACGAAAUCGCAACUACCUCAAAAUCAUCGCCGAUACCUUGCGACUGACCGCAGUUCAGAAUAUUGCUCAGCAAGGACAUCGUGAAUCCAACACCGACGAUGACAACAACAAUAAAGGAAAUUUUCUUGAAAUAUUGUCCUUUAUGAAGAAUUAUUCCGAAAUCCUUAAGGACAGACUUGAAAGCGGACCCCAGAAUGCCAAAUACACGCACCACACUUUACAAGAUGCUAUUCUUGAAAUUCUCAGUGAUAUAAUAUUAGAUGUUACCAAAGAAAUUCAGGAAGCCGAAUAUUUCGCUCUUUUGGUUGAUGAAACAAUAAACUUGUCGAAACAAGAACAGUUUACUUUUGUGCUUCGAUAUGUGUUUGAGUACGAAGUGCACGAAGAAUUCCUUGGUUUUAGAAAUGCGAAGGAGCUCACCGCCGAGAGCCUUAGUGAUGCUAUUCAAGAUGAAACGAAACAGAUCGGUGUUAACAUCAACAAUCUUGUCGCUCAGGGUUAUGAUGGAGCCGCCGUCAUGAGUGGAAAAUGUUCCGGUGUACAAGAGAGAAUAAAAACAGUUGUACCGCAAGCUCUCUACGUGCACUGUUUCGCUCAUCGUCCGAACCUCGUGAUUGUUCAGGCAGUAAAAAGUGUUGUGCCAGUGGCUGAUUUUUUUGCAGCGUUGCAAAUGUGUUACAACUUGGGCUUGUCAAGUGCGCGCCGUCAGUGCUAUAAAUGA